UAUGAAAUAUUGGUCACACUGCUGUUUUGGUCUGUUGUCGCGUGCAAUAAGUUUUUUUAAAUAACUUUGUUUUAGUGAAUUUAGGAACUUUUAAAAUGCUCUGCACGCGGGCAGCUGCACGACUGGCCGGGGGUAUAGCGAGGAACCCAUGGGUAGCACAACAACAUUUUAAACAGACUGCGGCGUUAUCUGUUGUUUUCGAACAGUCCUGCCGCCUGUGUUCAAACACCGGCGUCGUAGAUGCCGCAAAUAAAGCAAAGCCCAGCCCUGCAGCCUCCUCAGAAGGCGGAAUCUUGAAGAGAGUACUGACCAAAGUGGGCUUUACGCCAAACACAAAAGCGCGCCUUAAAGUCACCAGCCAUAUGCUAUACGAGAGUGUGGCCGACAAGAUCAACUAUGUGGCCUUCUUCAACGACUUCAAACUUCCCAACACCUUCAACUCCUGGUUCCUGGUCACAGAACUGCAUGUGUGGCUCCUACUGAUGCGAGCUAUGGCCGAGGGCUCGGAAACAGGCGAGGAUGGUCGUUUCCUGCGCAACUGCAUCGUGGAGGCUAUGUGGGGAGACGUCAACACUCGCGCGAAAAAGCUUGGAGCUAACAACCCGUCGCGCACGCGGCAACAGAUCGAGACGUUGUCCGAGCAGUUCCAGGCAGCAUUGAUUGCCUACGACGAAGGAAUCAUGUCUGACGAUAUAGUCUUAGCCGGCGCCCUGUGGCGUCGCUUCUUCGAGAUGAACUGCGACGACUAUGUCCAAAUCGAGCGACUGGUAAAGUAUGUCCGCCAGCAGGCGGUCAUGCUGGACAGUUUGUCGCGCGAUCAGUUUAUUACCAAGCCCAAGGUGGCCUGGCUGGACUUGGACAAGUGCAAGGUGUAAUAUUAGUUAUUUUUUCUGUUAAAUAAAGUUGAAAUUGUGUAAAGCUAAA